AUGCCCAACCAAUGGCAAAAGGCUGCCCUGGAGUUGGCACUCAAGUUCAGGGCCGAGUCCAACGUUUGUGCCAUGUCCGGGCUGGCGGACAUUCUGAGCAUGUGUACACAGGGCUACCACUCGUUAACACAGGGAGAGGUGUUUCUAAAUUCUUCGUCCGUGUAUCUCAGAAUGCAUGGCGCCCUCACAACCCUGGUACCGCUGGACAGGGAGCAGCAGGCAGAGUACGAGCUGUGGGUGCGGGUGAGCGACGGCCAGCUGUCCUCCGUCAUCUCGGUCUUCAUCACCGUGAGCGACGUCAACGACAACCCUCCCGAGUUCCUGGAGCCGCUCUACCGCGUCACCGUCCCCGCCCGCAGCAAGACCAAGAAACGGGAGGCGCUCUUCAGGCCCGAGCCAGAGGACGCGUGGGGGGACUGGGUCAGUUUCUCGCCCUCACAGAUCACCGCCCACGACGACGCCUUGUUCAGGGUGUUCGCCAGAGAUGCGGACGUGGGCAUGAACGGUGACCUGGACUACAGCAUCAGGACCGGCAAGGGCAAGAAGGGCCGCUUCAAGAUCCACCCGAAGACUGGCCAAGUGUACAGCAACAAGGCCUUUCCCCCGAGCAAGACCUUCGAUUUGAUGAUCCAGGUGAAGGACAACGGGGCGCCGCAGCUGACGGCCACCACGCGGGUCCUCGUGCGUGUGAUGGACGUGCCCGAGGAGUCUCCCAACCCGCCGGUCCUGCAGCCGCCGCCCCCCGCCCACGUGAUGGAGACGGACGCGCCGGGCCACCUGGUGUCCUUCAUCAACGCUCAGGACCCGGAUAACGAUACCUUGUGGUACUACAUCACAGAGGGUGACGAGAGCGGCCGGUUCAGCAUGGGCGUGGACUCUGGCCUGGUGAGCCUGGCCCGCCGCCUGGACCACGAGGAGCAGCACCACUACGCCCUCACCGUCACGGCCACAGACGGCGUCCACACCGCCGCCACCAAGUGUCAUGGUGCAGAAGAGGCUGCUGACAGCUGUGUUGCAGGGCCAUCUUCAGUCGUCAUACCCCCAAUAAAGUGCACCAGGAGCUCGAAGAAAAUCAUGAAUGCACAACUCUCAGCUGUGAUGGAUAGUGCCAAGAUAUCCGAUCGUGCAGUUCAUAUACUUGCACCAGCUGCAAAAACCCUUGGUCAUGACCCCAAAGAGCUGGUGUUAAUCCGCGAGUCCUUCCGGCGAGACCGGAUGAAGUUUCGUGCAUAG